AUGAAAUUUAUCCUUGGUUUUUUCAUCAAAAUGAGUGAAUUAGACGUCAAUGAAAGUAUCCAGGAACGGAUAAAUAUUAUAAAGCUUCGUAGAAUUGAAGAAUUAAACGCAAGAUUGCGUAAAACACUUUUACGUGAACGGAUUUCUGCGUCAAAUGCGUCCUAUUUAAUUAUAAACUACACUAAGGAGACUCCUGAUUACUUAGUACCUUCUCUAUGGCCAAUGACUACAGAGCAGAAUAAAUACAGGCGAUCAAGACAAACUAUACGCCCAAUUUCAAACUCGAAUGACGUUGGAUGUUGUACAAUUACUUAA